AUGACCAGCGACGGCGACAAGAAGCAGAUAACGUUCCAGGUCGCCAAUGAUGAUGAUCAAGAGCUGGUAGCCUUGGGCUAUAAGCCCUCAUUUAAGCGAGAGUUCACGAAUCUGGCUACGAUUAGUUUUGCGUUCAGUAUCAUGGGUUUAUGUUCUAGCAUCUCAACGACUUUCAACACUCCUCUCCUUCUGGGCGGACCGGCAUCUGUUGUAUGGUGCUGGAUUCUCGGUGCUUCUUUGUGCUUUACCCUCGGUGCCAGUAUCGCAGAAAUCGUUAGUGCAUAUCCCACGUGCGGUGGCUUAUACACUGCAUCUGCCCAACUGGUUCCUGCGAAAUAUCGAGCCAGGGUUGGCUGGCUGGUGGGAUGGCUCAACAUCCUCGGACAGAUCGCUGGUAUCUCUUCCACUGAGUUUGGUCUGGCCAACAUGAUCCUCGCCGCCGUCAGCGUGGGCCGAAACGGUAACUUUGAAAUCACUGAGGGUAAGGUUGUUGGUCUCUUUGCAGGACUUCUUAUCGUCCAUGGUCUCCUCAACUCGGUGACUACACGUCAUCUGGCCCAGAUGACCAAAGGCUUUGUGUUCGUCAACCUCGGGGCAACUUUCAUCAUCAUCAUCGUGUUGUUGGCAAAGACUCCCCGUUCAGAAAUGCAUCCUGCCAACUAUGUGUUCGGAUCUGCCGGUAUCAUCAAUCAGUCAGAAGGUUGGAAUACUGGCAUUGCUUUCCUCUUUGGUCUGCUUUCAGUACAGUGGACGAUGACGGACUACGACGCCACAGCACAUAUAUCGGAGGAAGUUAAGCGCGCAGCCUACGCAGCUCCAUCGGCUAUUUUCAUUGCUGUCGUUGGUACUGGUCUGAUUGGGUGGCUCUUGAACAUCGUUCUCGUUCUCUGUUCUGGUCCUCUCGAAGCUCUUCCAGGACCUUCCAACUCUGCCGUAUUGGAGAUUCUGUACCUCCGAGCCGGUAAAGCUGGUUCACUUAUCAUCUGGGUCUUCGUUUGUUCUACUGCAUUCUUUGUCGUACAAACUGCUCUUCACGCCGCUUCAAGAACUAUAUAUGCGUUCAGUCGUGAUCACGGACUUCCCGAUGCUGGUUACUUCGGAAAGACGUCCAAACUUACGCAAACACCCCUGCGCGCCAUCUGGUUAACGACCUUCGUCAGCAUUCUACCUGGUCUCCUCGACCUUGCCAGCCCUGUCGCCGCCAACGCCAUUUUCUCACUGACUGCCAUGGCACUCGAUCUCAGCUACGUGAUCCCUAUCUUCUGCAGACGGGUAUUCCAAGAUCACCCUGAUGUGAUGUUUAAACCUGGACCUUUCUACAUGGGCAAGGGGUGGUUGGGAAUUACCUGCAACGUUGUCUGCAUCGCUUGGACGAUUUUCAUUUGCGUUAUCUUUUCACUCCCAACAGUGAGACCUGUUACCAAGGAUAACAUGAAUUAUGCUUCGGUUAUCACAAUCGGUGUAAUCUUCCUGGCUUCCCUUUGGUACAUCGCCGCCGCUCAUAAACACUACACUGGACCCAAGUCAAAUCUCAACGACGAUAGUGUGGAAGCUGUUACCCAAAGCUUAUCGAGUGAGGACUCUGAUUCCGACAGGAAGACGCCUGUGGCAUAG